AGGAGUUACAGGCGGAGAUGUACGAGAGCAGCUCGUAGUCUCUGCAGCUGGUGGUGGUAUUAUCUCUGCAAAAUGAAGGAUUUGUGAAGAUGCAUUGAACGACAAAGCUGGACUCAGCUCGCCUCUCCUUUUUCAGCCCUAAAAUAAGAAAAAAAAACAUGAUCAUUACCACAAAAGAAAGCUCAAGAAGAAGCUGGGUGUCCAUCAAGAGGCCCGAUCAGAGUUUUGGAUCGCCGCUGAGGAUGAGUGUGAACUGAGCGACGCGCAUAGUUGAAGUGAACGACUGGAGGAAGAAAAGCGAAGAAGUGUGUGUUUUCUUAAGCCGUUCUCAGAGUGGGGGAUGUCCGGCAGAAGUGGAGGAGCGCCUCGGGGGUGCAGCAACCCCAACCUGCAGCCCCUCAGAGCCACAGUCCCAUACCAGCUCCAGAGGGGCUCAGCUCUCCUUUGCAGGGAGGUCAAGACGGCUGACAGGACAAGUGCUCGCCCACCGAAACCCACCAUCCGGAGAACUCUUUCUUUGGAUGCCAUCGUUGGACCCUAUCUGCAGGGACAGUGGCCCAAGGAGGCAGAGUGCACAGCUGUCACCUGUGUCAAUGACAAAGCCACGCAGACCCCAAGUUCCUGGGCAGAGGUGACCCGAGGAAGGAGGAGUGCCGGCGGACACAAGCGCUCGGCGUCGUGGGGCAGUGCAGAGCACCUGAGGGAGGUGGCCAAGCUGAGGAACCAGCUGCAGAAGCGCUCACGCCACGUCCCUCCCCCAGCGGGCUAUGAGCUCCCCCACCACCCCCUGCCAGCAGGUCAUGCAGCAGGCAUCACUCAGACACUUCCCCGGAUGCCACUGAACAGACUCGCCCCCCGGCUGCGACGUAGUGUUGAGGGCCUCAACCUGGAGCUGGAGGAGGUGUUUGUUUCUGAGAAACCUGACGAUCAGCAUGAGAUCUUGGAUAUCCCAGAUGGCCACAGGGCCCCUGUCCCUGUCCAGAGAUGCAGCAGUGGCUCUCAGAGUGAGCCCUCCCCCGGCCCUCUGGAUCUGGAUCCUUCCCUCCUCUCUCCUUCUCAGUCCCCCUGUCCUCUAGACCCAUCGCUUCUGUCACCUUCAAAUUCCCCUUCUCCUCUGAACCCAUCUCCUCUGUCUCCAUCACAGUCUCCCUGUCCCAUGGGAGAGCCAGAGCGGGUGCACUGUGAGACGCUGUGUCCCACUCCGUCGACGUCGCUCCCAUCAUUUGCACUGGAUCCUCCUCUGUUGCAGCCAUGCUCUUCCGCUCCUCGUCCAAACAAAAGCUACUGCUUCCCGCGCGAGCCACCGGAAGGCUGCGAGAGAGUACGAGUGUGCGAAGAGGCGAUGGCUGCCUGUCAGGAUGAGCCUCUCCUCCAGCCAUCCUGCCCUGACCCCAAUAAAGUCAACUUUACCCCCCACGGAGGCUCCGCUUUCUGCCCUGUCAGUCUCCUGAAGCCCCUCCUGCCCUCCAUGGACCUCCUCUUCCGCGGCCUGUCAGUCUCUCCGGUCACUGGCUGCCCAGGUCAGGCCUCUCCUACCAGGCACCUGGGCAUGCAGUAGGUGGAUAUCUGAGCAGAGCCUCCCCUCAGGACUACACCACACUGAUGCACUGCCAGGACCUGCAGGAACUGGAAAUGUUUUGUAUGCCAGCAGAUACCUGUGGUUGCCUACUGUAACGUGCCAUGAUCACUGUGAUGUCAAAAGACUUUGAGACAUACUUUAGAUUAACUUUGGCCUAAUCGGGCUGCUGUAUUGAUUAUUUCCACCUGCAGGAUGCCUUGUUGAAACUGAUAUUUAGCUCAUCAGCACUUAGUAUUUCCCCAUGUGGGCUGUGGAUGAACUCCAGGACUGAAGUUCAGGGAAUGCUGGGAAAACUUUCCAGCUGACUGAGUUUUUGACGUUAUUCUUUUUGAUAAAACUGUUUUAGUUGUGCAUCAGCAUUUCAGACAAAGACUGCAGUGUGUGGUAGGGAUUUUUCCAUUUUCAAUGUCAGAGGAAGUGAAUUCAGAGUCAAAAACCCAAGCACUUAGAACCUGAGUAUUAUUUUCUUACUCUACUUUCGUGUUGAUUAAAGGAUUGCUAAGUUUAGAUGAACUUUCAGCUUGAUUUGAUGAACAAAGUGCUCGAUGGGUUUGUUCCUGAACUUUUAGAAAUCUGCUGGUUAAAGAGGAAUAUGUUUGGCCCAUAGUUUAAUGGUGGCCUGCUUUUCUACAGAUGUAUUUCUAGGAAAGAUAUAUAUUUUUGUAUCUUUGUAAGGAGGCUGGUCAUACUGUUUUUGUAUUCACUGACAGAAAUGUGUUUCUGUUAAUGCUUUAAUGAUUUAUAAGCAGGAAAGGAUGUUUUUAUUAGCUUUACUUGCCAACAGCGGGCAUUGUUCCAACCAAACUUUUGCAAUGUAGGUUUUGUUUUUUAAAGAAUGAGUGGGUCAAGCUGAGUGUUUUGUGUAUAAUCUGAGCCUCUUUGGACCAUAUGGUUCUGGCCAGAAAGCAUUAAUGUUUCAGUAUUCACUUGGACAUGGAAGAGGCUGAUUUCCCUCUGCUCAAGUUAAUGUUCACUGUCAGUAUGAUCCUAUGCAACACUGAUUACAAAACAUACCUAUAGUUGAGAAAAUAGGUAUUAUUUGUGAGGUAUUAUUUUCUCUGACCUGUUUCUGCACUCUUUUCAUACAUGUUUUGUUUAGUGUGCUGUUGCCAUUGUGAAGAAAAAUAAAAUACCCAGAUUGUCUGGGCGGUCAAAUAUAGUAAAUGCUACUUAUAA